AUGAGAGUGGUUGAGACGAGGAGAGACAAGGGGAACGCGGUGGUAGGAGGAGGGAGUAGAGGCGGGGUAAGUGGGGGCUCGGAUUUGGGGAAGAAGAAAUUGCACUGGAAGCAGAGGAAAGCGAUGGAAGAAAAGAAGCAAGCGGAUGAGGGGAAGGGAAAGCAAGCGGGAGAAACUGCUGAGGUGGAUUUGGGGAAGAAGAAAUUGCACUGGAAACAGGGGAAAGCGAUGGAAGAAAAGAAGCAAGCGGAUGAGGGGAGGAGAAAGCAAGCGGGAGAAUCUGGGGAGGCGGAUGAGGGGAAGAAGAAAUUGCACUGGAAGCAAAGGAAAGCGAUGGAAGAAAAGGAGCAAGCGGAUGAGGGGAGGAGAAGGAAAUUGGGGAAGAAGAAAUUGCACUGGAAGCACAAGAAAGCGGCUGAGGAAAAAAAGCGAGCAGAUGAGGGGAAGAUAAAGGGGGUUAGGUGGGGUAAUGGAGUGGAGGGAACUGGAGAGGAGAAGCGGAUGUUAGGGCGUGCCAGAGGGGAUGAGAGGGGGGAUGGAAGGGGGGAUGAGAGGCGGGGGGAAAGGAGAAGGAUAUUAGAACGGGGGACACAAGAGAGAGAGGCGGGAGAGGAGGAGGGUGCAGGUGAUGCGGAGGGGAAUCUGAAGAAGCCGAUUAGCAAGCAGGUGGCGAGUGGUUUGGCAGAAAGGCGAUUUGUGAGUCCACUCCGGGGUCAGCUCGAAAGGGAAGUGGGAGAGGAGGAGGAGGAUUCUGCAGGUGAAGUGGAGGGGACGCUGAGUGGGGUAAGCAGAGGAAAGGAAACGGGGAGUGAAUUGGCUGAAAUGCGGAGGAUCAAGGGACAGCUCCUGGUGGAGGAGAUUAAGAGGGAGAUACAGAAGUUGGUGGAAACAGGGAAUCUAGAGCAGAUGACUGUCGCAUCCGUGCAACAGCAACUAGGGAAGGUUUUCGGGGAGAGCCAUCUGGUGAGCAAGAGGCGAGUGAGGGCUUUGGUGAGUGUGAUAUUCCAAGAGGAGUGGCAUAUGCUGGAACGGCAGCAGCGUGAGGGGCACGUUGGGCAUUGGCAACGUGAAGCGCUGCCGCUGUGGGAUGAGGUGGCGCUGCCGCUGUGGGAUGAGGUGGCGCUGCCGCUGUGGGAUGAGGUGGCACUGCCGCUGUGGGAUGAGGUGGCGCUGCCGCUGUGGGAUGAGGUGGCACUGCCGCUGUGGGAUGAGGUGGCGCUGCCGCUGUGUGAUGAGGUGGCGCUGCUGCUGUGGGAUGAGGUGGCACUGCCGCUGUGGGAUGAGGUGGCGCUGCUGCUGUGGGAUGAGGUGGCGCUGCCGCUAGUCUGGAGAGAGCAGCAGGUGAGGGGGGGCACAGUUUGUACCGGUAUGAGAUGUGCCAGAGAGGAGUGGCAGAGCUUGGAUAAUAGCUUGAGUAGCUGGCUGUGCCCGGCCUCAAGAGCAGCAGGUGAGGGCGGGCACAGCUUGUACCGGUAG